AUGUACGACUUUUGCCUCACGAUUCCAUACGGUGUCGUGCUGGGUGUCGGUGGCUUAGCAGGUUUUGCCUUCUCCGGCAGCACCACGUCACUGGUAGCUGGCGGUCUGUCCGGCGCUUUCCUGAGCUUUGUGGGCUACUGUAGCUACAAUGAGUACAAGCAGAGCCCCGUGACGUCCAAGCUCUGGCCUGCCAUCUCGCUGGCCGUGUCCGCGCCGCUCGCUGUUGUCAUGGGCAAUCGCUUCAUCAGCACGAACGUCUUUUUCCCUGCGGGUCUCGUCAGUGCAUACAGCGCCGGCAUGACGGGGUUCUACGUAUGGCUGCUGUGCAAGCAGAGCAAGCCUCAGUACAAGAAGAAGAAAGUGUAG